GUAUUGAUUAAUUAAGAAGUAAUCCCAAUAUUCGUCUUCCCUGUCUCGCGAGUAGCGGAAAGGACUCGUUCUUCUUCGAUCCGAGUAUGUGAUCGUGCUUGUAAAUAACUGGAGUAUGAGUGGAAGUUCUCUGGUUAUGUUCGCUACUUGAUAUUUUGUGUGGGAAUUUGCUAAGCUGGUGAAAGCCAUAAUGAUGUUGAAGAAGCUUUAUUUGGAGGGAAGUUAUUUCAUUGAAGAAGUUAUGUUGCUUUGUUCUUUAUAAAUUAGUUCAAAUGUAGGUCUUCUAAGGUUACCUUUGGGUUAGGUUUGUGCUUAUAACGAGGGAAACAAUGAGCCAAGCCAGCUCACUAGCUUAGUUCAUUAAGAACUCAAUGGGCUUAAAGGUUUGGCUCGUUUGUUGAAUGAGCCAAGCUUGAGCUGUCACAUUUUGGGCUCAUCAGCUCAUGAUGCCUACACACACACACACACACACACAGAGGCAUACACAUAUAAUGCUUUAAUGUAUAUAUUUUAGCAGUAGGUUUUAUUUUCUAUCUGACUAAAUAGCUUUAAUACAUGGCAAUUGGCUCAUUAAGCUAAAAUAGCCCAUGAGCUUUAACAUGAACCAAUCUUGAGCCAAGAAAAUGGACUUGAUUUCUUGGUGAGCUGACUCUAAGCCAGCUUUGGUUUGGCUCAACUCGGUUCAUUGCUAGCCAGCCCUGCCUUAAGUAUAACAGUUCCUUAAAAUUUCAGUUUUACUAGAUAAUUGGAGUUGUUGCAGUUGGAUGCAUUUAAAUCACUUAAGUCUGUGUAUUGCUCAUACGAAUGUCUCUAGAAUGUUUUCUUUACAUGGCAAUAAAUAAGAAAUAAUUCAAACAAAGACCAAAAAGGUUAGGGCCAGCCAAGUAGGUUGUUGGCCAUUGCAUUUAUAGUGUUGAGCUUGGCCAUCAAGUACUGUCCCUUGGUAAUUCUGUCAUAGGUUUUAGUGCUGUCCAGAGUUGAUUUUAGAUAACGAUCUUGAAUAAAUGUUUUGAAAAGGUGUGCUAUAAUGUUGGUAUUUGGUAAGAUGAUUAAAUGGUUAUACGGUUUGUGUUUCUUUUCAUGAUCAAAUGUCUACAUGUGUAAGGAAAAAAAAUUAGAGGAGGAAAAGUAUUGUUAAAGAUUUCUGAAAAUGUCUACAUAAGUUCAUAUCUAUCUGCUUUGCUAUGGUGGCUCUUUCAGGGCUUGCCGUUUGUGACUGACAUAUGCUCUUGACAUUUGAAAAAAAAUCUAUAUUGUGACCAAUUGGAAUUACAGUAAGGUGGCAAUUUCUGGCCUGACUAAGCUUAACAUGUCUUAAGCAUGAGAAUGAAGCAUGUUUUGUCUGCGUUAACUGGUCCAUUUGACAAAAUAUCUUUUCUUGCAGAACUUUGUUUAAGCAGUAGUCAUGUCUUCUUUUCUUCCUGCCACAACAGAGUCAAUUGCUCUAGCAUUGGAGGCCAAAGACCCAUCUGAGGCCAUCUUGAUUCUUUAUCGAGUACUUCAAGACCCUUCGUCUUCUCCAGAAGCUCUGCGCAUGAAAGAGCAGGCCAUUACAAACCUAACUGACCUUCUGAGGCAAGAAAAUAAGUCAGAGGACCUGUGCAGUCUUCUUACUCAGUUGAGGCCCUUCUUUUCCUUGAUUCCUAAGGCAAAAACUGCAAAGAUUGUAAGAGGAAUAAUUGAUUCUGUUUCUAAAAUACCAGGGACUUCUGAUCUACAAAUUGCACUGUGCAAAGAAAUGGUGCAAUGGACUCGUGCUGAAAAGCGUACCUUUUUGAGGCAGCGAGUUGAGGCAAGGCUUGCAGCACUUCUCAUGGAAAAUAAGGAGUAUUCUGAAGCUUUGACUCUCCUUAAUAGCUUGGUCAAGGAAGUUAGAAGAUUAGAUGACAAGCUUCUACUUGUAGACAUAGACUUGCUUGAAAGCAAGUUGCACUUCUCUUUAAGAAACCUUCCCAAGGCAAAAGCUGCCCUCACGGCUGCAAGAACAGCUGCAAAUGCUAUUUAUGUUCCUCCAGCUCAACAAGGUGCCAUAGAUCUGCAGAGUGGAAUUCUUCAUGCUGAGGAGAAGGAUUAUAAAACUGCAUAUAGUUAUUUCUUUGAAGCAUUUGAGUCUUUCAAUGCUCUUGAAGAACCCAAGGCUGUCUUCAGCCUCAAAUACAUGUUAUUGUGCAAGAUCAUGGUGAGCCAAGCUGAUGAUGUGGCUGGAAUUAUAUCUUCUAAAGCUGGCCUCCAAUAUGUUGGGCCUGACUUGGAUGCCAUGAAAGCUGUCGCCGAUGCUCAUGCUAAGCGAUCGUUGAAGUUAUUUGAAAUUGCUUUGCGUGAUUACAAGGCCCAGUUGGAGGAAGAUCCAAUUGUUCACAGGCACCUGUCAUCCCUGUAUGAUACACUCCUGGAGCAGAAUCUUUGCAGAUUGAUUGAGCCAUUCUCAAGGGUUGAGAUUGCACAUAUUGCUGAACUAAUCGGACUUCCCGUAGAUCACGUGGAGCGAAAGUUGUCUCAGAUGAUUUUGGACAAGAAGUUUGCUGGGACAUUGGAUCAAGGUGCUGGAUGCCUUGUCAUAUUUGAUGAUCCCAAGACUGAUGCAAUAUACCCUGCAACUUUAGAAACCAUUUCUAAUAUUGGGAAAGUCGUGGACAGUCUUUAUGUUAGGUCUGCCAAGAUAAUGGCAUGAGUUCUUGAUUUGGUUACUUCAUUUUUGUAUUUGCUACAAUAUUUUGUUUCUGUUCUCUUCUUAGCAAUGAGUAGGAUAUCAUUUAUUUAGAUUAUGAAUUUCAGACUCGGCAGUUUUUGUUUUUGAGUCCGUGAUCCUUAAACCACUUCAGGCGACCAUAUGUUGUGAUUUAAGGCGUUUUGAAUGUCUGAUCUUAAAAAUACAUUCUUGUCAAGGGUUGGUAUCAUAAAUACAUACGAGUGUGUGAUAUAUUGUCAGGGAUGAGGAUACCAAAUCCUUAGUGGGCUUUACCAUUUUUGGGAAGCCGUAUGCACCAUACAAUAAUAAGCCAAGAUAUCAUCCAUUUCUUCG